AUGAAAAAAGACAAAAAACAAAAACCGACCGCUGGGAAAACGGCGAAAAAAGUCGUCACUCCGGUGGCGGCGACGGCUUCCGGCGAACUGGAACCGGGUUCCGUGAACCGCGAGAUGGAUCUCAUCAAAACCAUCAACGAGGACGACGAAGUGGAGGAUUUUUCGGAAGAGUCCGACGUUGAGGUGGACUAUCAGCCGACCAAGAUGCGGACGGCCAAGAAAGGGGACUUUGAUGGCAGCUUUCAGUUCGUGUCGUCGGUCAAGGAGUACAACCACGACACGUGGGACGAUUUGAUGCGCUUCGUGAAGCGCAAAAACCGCGGCAAGGUGGACGACAAGAUUGCUAGCGUGAUCCGGGGUCGCACACAGGAGGAAGCGGAUGCCCUGGGGGAAGAUGCGGACGGCGGUGACGAUAAGGCUGCGGUGGCGGAUGCGGAGAUCGAUCUGUCCGACGACGAACUGAAGCACGAUUACAUGAAGGUGAAGGAGCGUAAAGGCAAAAAGGCACGGGCGGCUGCUGAGAACGGUGGGAACACGGAACCAUCGGUUGAGGUGAAGGAGGAAACGGAGGAUGGCGCCAAGGAUUACUUCGAGGAAGCGGAAGGCACGAACGAACACAUCCAAUCGUUCUACCAAAUGGACCUUUCGCGACCGCUCAUGAAAGCGAUCGGUGCGCUGGGCUAUAUCUAUCCGACACCGAUUCAGGCGGCCACCAUUCCGAUCGCACUGCUGGGGCGCGAUAUUUGCGGUUGUGCCGCUACCGGAACCGGAAAGACGGCCGCCUAUAUGCUGCCUACGCUGGAGCGAUUACUGUACAAACCGAACGCGGCCCAAGCCGUGACACGCGUGUUGGUGCUCGUGCCGACCCGUGAGCUGGGUGCCCAGGUUUACCAGGUGGCCAAACAGUUGACGCAGUUCACGAACGUCGAGGUGGGCAUCGCGAUCGGUGGUUUGGAUGUGAAGGCGCAGGAAGCGGUGCUGCGGACGAACCCCGACAUCGUCAUUGCCACCCCGGGACGGUUGAUUGACCACAUCAAAAAUACGCCCAGCUUCUCACUGGAUUCGAUUGAGAUCCUGAUUCUUGACGAAGCCGACCGUAUGCUGGACGAGUACUUUGCGGAGCAGAUGAAAGAGAUCAUCCGCAGCUGUUCGGCCACCCGGCAAACGAUGCUCUUCUCGGCCACGAUGACGGAAGAGGUGAAAGAUUUGGCCGCCGUGUCGCUCAAGAAGCCGGUCAAAAUAUUCGUCAACAACAACCAAACGGUCGCGUUUAACCUGCGCCAGGAGUUUAUCCGUGUGCGCGAGGGCCGUGAAGCGGAUCGUGAACCGAUUCUGGCCGCCCUCGUUUGCCGCACGUUCCACGACCACUGUAUGGUGUUUGUGCAGACCAAACGAACCGCCCAUCGGUUGCGCAUCCUGCUCGGACUGCUGGGCGUAAAGGCGGGUGAACUUCACGGCGAUCUGACACAAGCGCAGCGUCUCGAGUCGCUGAAGGCGUUCAAGGACGAACAGAUCGAUGUGCUGGUCGCAACGGACGUGGCCGCCCGUGGUCUCGACAUUAGCGGCGUAACGACGGUCAUCAACUUCGUGAUGCCGGCCACGAUGGAACACUACAUUCACCGUGUGGGCCGGACGGCGCGAGCCGGUCGGGCCGGUGUCUCGGUGUCGCUGGCCGGCGAACUGGAGCGCCGGAUCGUGAAGGACAUCGUGAAGAAUGCGUCCAAUCCGGUCAAGAACCGCAUCAUUCCGACCGAGAUAGUGGACAAGUAUCGGGCCCGGGUCGCUGCGCUGGAGUCGGAAAUCGAUAAGGUGCUGGCGGAGGAGCGAGCCGAAAAGCUGCUCCGGCAGGCGGAACAGCAGCUGACCAGUGCGGAGCGUAAGCUGAAGGGACUGCCGGCCGCGAACGCGGAUGGACCGCCCCGGGAGUGGUUCCAGACGUUGCGCGAAAAGCGCGACGAAAAGUUCCGUCUCGAGGGUAAGGACGCGGCGGAAGAGAAAGAGAAGCGAGCGGCCAAGAAGCGGAAGCGCCGCGGCAAGGACGAUGAUGACGAUUUCGAUCCGGUGCGCUAUCACCAGGAGCGGGCGAAGAAACCGAAACUUACGCCGAAUGCCAAGCACCCGGGUGGCAAAGCGGCGAGUGCAGGAAAGGCAGCGGCCGCGGACAAUAAAACGCCCAAACAGCAGGCCAAGGAGCGUGCCCUCGAGGAGCUGCGCAAGGUGUCGAUGGUGCAGGCGAAGCUGGCCAAGAUUCGUAGCCGGCCAACGCGCGUCACGGCCACCGACGAUGGUGAUGAUCGGCGGCCAGCGGCGGUCAAUGGCGCAGGUGGCGCAGGUGGCAAGCGGAACAAAAAGUCGAAGAACUUUACCCGUUUCGAGCGCGAUCUGACCGACGUGGGCUCGAAGAACGUGAAAAAGCUUCGGUACGACGCAACGAAGAAACAGAAGAUGGACAAAGUGGACAAGCGCAAGAUGAGCGGCGUGAAGAUUAGUGCGGAAAAGUUCCGCAACAAGCAGGGCCUCAACAGGCACAACAAGGGCAAAACGUUCGGCCAGAAAGCGCCGAGAGCUGGCGGAGGCGGCGGCGGCCACAAGGGAGGUGCGAAGGGCAAAUUUGGUAACAAGGGCGGCAAGCGCAGGUGAAGCGCUCUUCGGAUCGGAUGUGUUACGACGACGAUUUCAGCAUGAAAUAAAGAACCGAUCGAUCCUUUUUCGGUCCAAGCAUUU